AUGAAAAUAGAAAAGAAAAAAAAAGAACACGCUGAUAAGAUGGUGGUGGUGGUAGUAGUGUUCCCUAUCCAGGGCACCAGCACCACUACAACGCGAAAGCGAAAACAAAAAAAACUAGCACCAUGUAAUGUUACUCAGUCUGGGGAGGAGGAAGAAGAAGAAGAAGAAGAAAAAGAAGAAGAAGAAGAAGAAGAGAAAAAGGAUGGAAGAGAAAUUGAGAAAGUGAGAGAGAGAAGAGAGGAAGAAAAAAAAACACUUUACAAGGUACGUGGACAAGCAAAUGUGAUUGCGCUCCAGGACUUUGAAAAAAAAAAAGAACAAGCAAACAAACAAACAAACAAGCAGCAACAUGGCGUAAAUGACAUGGCAACUCCAGGGGGCCAACCAACGCCGAAAAUAACAAGCAACAUGUCAUAG